GACGGCAACUGGAAGCCCAAGCCCUCCCUCUUCCUCAACACGAUCCCAUCCGAACGCUUUCCCGCGGAACCAAACCGCUACGUCCUGUACGUCAACUACUGCUGUCCGUGGGCACACCGCACGAUCAUCGUGCGCGCGCUCAAGGGCCUCGAAUCCAUCAUCCAGCUCGUCGAAGCCGACGCGCGGGACCCCGUCCACGGGUGGAUGUUCUCCGGGAAGCGCGGCCCCGAACGCGACCCUCUGUACGGCGCGAAGUACCUCAAAGAGCUGUACUUGAAAGCCGACUGGACGUACGCGGGACGCAUCACCGUGCCGAUGCUGUGGGAUAAAACUCACGAAACAAUCGUAACCAACGAAUCAUCCCACAUCCUCUCCCUCCUCAUCCACGCCUUCGACGCCCUCCUCCCCCCCUCCCCAACCCCCUCCCUCAACCCCCCACACCUCGCCCCCGAAAUCCAAUCCCUCAACACCCUAAUCCACACCUCCAUCAACAACGGCGUCUACGCCGCCGGCUUCGCGACCACGCAACCCACCUACGACGCCGCCAUCUCCUCCCUCUUCACCGCGCUCGACGCGCUCGAAGCCCGCCUCGCCGCCCCGGGAGCUGGCCCCUACCUGCUGGGGAGCGACAUCACGGAGCCGGAUGUAAGGUUGUAUACGACGCUCGUGAGGUUCGACGUCGUGUACUAUACGCUUUUUCGGUGUAAUUUGAAGAUGGUGCGGUUGGAUUAUCCGGAGUUGGGGAAGUGGUUGGGGAGGCUGUAUUGGGGGGGUGGGGUGUGGAGGGAUAGUACGGACUUUUAUGCGAUUAAACGCGGGUAUGCGACUGUGGCGAUUGGGAAUGGGAUUGUGCCUGCGGGGCCGGAACCGCCGAUUAUGCCGCUGUGA